AUGUCAGGAGUGAUGGAGUCCGUCUUCUCGCUCCACUCGCAAACUGAGAUUUCGCCAGCCGUCGUAGACGCGACUUCACCACCUGAUGAGUGGACACGCAACUUUGCGAACAAAAUCAUUGUGCCCUAUCUAAAGGAACACAGUAAUGAGUUUAUGGAGCUAAGUCUCCUAAGACAGAAAGGAUGGGAGAACCCGAAAGGCGAUAAAUACUUUCGAGUACAACGUCGAAAUGCGGAUCAAAAUAAUGAAAAGAACAACGUUUAUUUCCACAAUCUUAUGAAAGAUAUCGCCGAGGAGCUCCACCAAAUUGGCAACGCUUUCGCGAUUCGUCGUACCCAAAAAGGCCCUCCAAAGAUUCUGGAUAUGUGCAUGGCUCCAGGUGGAUUUUUGGAGAUAGCGAUGAGGAAAAACCCAGGAUCACAAGCGGUUGCUUUUAGCUUACCCGUCGCCUGCGGUGGUCACAAAAGUCGGCUGCCAAGAACUAGGAAUGUUGAUCAAAGAUUCUUAGAUAUUACCAUGCUAGCUAGCGACAUGGGAGCACACGAGAUUCCAACCGACCAUCCGGACGCUAAAAAUUUCUUACCGCAACAAUUCCGGCCUAAUCAACUUUUCGACCUGGUGAUAUGUGACGGUCAAGUCCUUCGAACGCAUUCUCGCGCGUCAUAUCGAGAAACCGUCGAAGCACGAAGGCUUACAGUCACCCAGUUAGCGCUGGGUCUCGAACAUUUGAAUCCUGGAGGAACAAUUAUUGUACUUCUCCAUAAGCUUGAAGCAUGGGAAACAGCGAAGCUAGUCUGGACUUUUGCCAAAUUUUCCUCUGUAAAGCUGGUGAAGCCCGAGAGGGGCCAUGCCAAGCGAUCAUCCUUCUACAUGAUUGCCAGCCAAGUUCAGAGCCAGCACACUGAGGCUCUUCAGAGUGUGAUAAAAUGGAAAGAUAUUUGGCAAGCGGCGACAUUGGGCUCCGAGGAUGACCUUCAUCAGUUGAUUUGGAACGAGGGGCCAUCUGCGGAAGACUUUAUUGCGAACUUCGGGGAUGAUCUUGUCAGGUUGGGAAAAUAUGUUUGGAAAGUUCAAGCAGACGCCCUUGCCAAAGCCCCUUUCAUUAAAUCUCAAGAUAAAUGA